CGACGGACUGGAUAGAAGCUGUGUGUGGCCAUGAGGCGAGAGGAAACGAAACUAGGCCAGAUGGCCGGACACGACGUCAGCCGUAGUUAUCGAGCCCUCGUUGCUGCGGGAGAAGACACAGAUGAAGCCGCCAUGACAACUAGCGCAUAUAUUUCUCAAAACAACAAACAUGACCAUAGCACCAUCUUGGGAGCUAAAAGGAACCCCUCAUAUCGCCCGCCAAAGAAAAAAAGUCAAUCUCUCCCACCAUCACCUCCUCCUCCUCCGCCACCCUCCAUCCCCAACUUCUCUCUCUUCCUCUUCCUUCUCCUUCUCUUCACCCUCCUCACACAUCCUCUUCGCCCUCCUACAUCCCUCCUACCACCGCCAUCAUGUCCUACGCCAACGAGAACGUUAGCACCCACUACGAGUGGUUGAGCAGGCUCAAUGUCGACAACCGCCCUAAGAACAACUACAGGCGGACGUCCAUCAUCUGCACGAUUGGUCCCAAGACUAACUCCGUGGAGAUGAUUAACAAGCUCCGUCAAGCUGGACUGAACAUCGUCCGUAUGAACUUUUCUCACGGUUCUUACGAGUACCACCAAAGCGUUAUCGACAACACUCACCAGGCCGAGAAGGAGUACCAAGGACGUCCCGUUGCCAUUGCUCUGGACACUAAAGGACCCGAGAUCCGUACUGGAAACACCAAGGGUGAUGAAGAUUUUCCCAUUUCCGCUGGCACGGAAAUGAUUAUCUCCACCGACGACCAAUAUGCCACCACUUGCGACGACAAGAUCAUGUACGUCGAUUACAAGAACAUCACCAAGGUCAUCGAGGCUGGCCGCAUCAUCUACGUUGACGAUGGUGUUCUGUCUUUCCAGGUCUUGGAGGUCGUUGAUGAGAAGACCAUCAAGGUCAAGUGCUUGAACAACGGAAAGAUCUCUUCCAAGAAGGGUGUUAACCUUCCCAAGACCGAUGUCGACCUUCCUCCUCUGUCCGAGAAGGACAAGGCCGAUCUCCGAUUCGGUGUCAAGAACAAGGUCGACAUGGUCUUCGCUUCGUUCAUCCGCAAGGGAUCCGACAUUGCUGCCAUCCGUGAGGUCCUCGGUGAGGACGGAAAGGAUAUCCAGAUCAUCGCCAAGAUCGAGAACCAGCAGGGUGUUAACAACUUCGACGAGAUUCUCAAGCAGACUGACGGUGUUAUGGUUGCCCGUGGUGAUCUCGGUAUCGAGAUUCCCCCGGCGCAGGUGUUCAUUGCGCAGAAGAUGAUGAUCGCGAAGUGCAACUUGGCCGGAAAGCCCAUCAUCUGUGCCACUCAGAUGCUCGAGUCGAUGACCUACAACCCCCGUCCCACUCGGGCCGAGGUUUCUGACGUAGGAAACGCCGUUCUCGAUGGUGCGGAUUGUGUCAUGUUGUCCGGAGAGACCGCCAAGGGCAACUACCCCAUCGAGUCCGUGUCGAUGAUGCACGAGACCUGCUUGUUGGCCGAGACCGCCAUUCCCUACGCCCCUCUGUUCAACGAGCUCCGCUCGCUGGUCUCCCGCCCUACCGGCACCCCCGAGACUUGCGCCAUCGCUGCUGUUAGUGCCAGUAUGGAGCAGAGAGCUGGUGCCAUCAUUGUGCUCUCCACUUCUGGUAUGACUGCUCGUCUUAUCUCCAAGUACAGCCCGACCUGCCCGAUCAUUAUGGUCACUCGCAACGCCGCUGCUGCCCGCUACUCGCACUUGUCGCGUGGCGUGUACCCCUUCCACUACCCCGAGCAGAAGCCCGAUUUCAACAAUGUUAUCUGGCAGGAGGAUGUUGACAAGCGGUUGAAGUGGGGCAUGGACAAAGCUAAGGGUCUGGGUAUCUUGGAGGGCGGCAGCACUGUCAUUGCCGUCCAGGGCUGGAGAGGUGGUUUGGGCCACACCAACACGCUUCGUGUCUUGACUGCUUAAAGCAUGAAAAUCCUUUGCGCGGCGGAUCAACCCUUCGCAUAGAAUCGCGAGUGAGCGAGCGGAAUUUGGGGAGUUUCAUAGGAAAAUGGGUGUGGAGAACUACAUUAGGAUGUAAUACGGCCUUUAAGUGUAGCGUUAAUGAUGAUGGGCGAUGAAGGGCUUUUCUUUUUGUUCUUAGCAACAAAAAAUAAUGGAGAAGUGGGCUGGGCUUCUACCGUUUCGCUAUGUCAAUUAGCUUGAACUGUUAGAUACAAACGUGUGGAUAGCAUCUGAAACUGC